UUGGGCACAGACCAGUAACCUUUCCCUGACCUGUACAUUACUUGCUCCCAUCUAUACUAAACUCCUAAUCCUUAUACCUAUAAAUUGUCAAAAUGUCUUUCGAUCAAAAGGAGAUCUUCAGUUUGAUGUACAAGCUGGCACGACUCAUAGUACCAGAUACUCGGGUGGAAUACGAUGCGCUGGGUCCCAUGCACAUUCCCCUCGAUAGGAUGUACGGUCCACAGACCAUGAGAUCCCUGAUGAAGUUCCCCAUCGGGGGCGUUGAGGAGCGCAUGCCUCGACCCCUUAUAAAGGCCCUGGGAAUUGUGAAGAAAGCUGCUGCGGAGGCGAAUAAAAUCCACGGUCUCGAGGAGAAUCUGUGCGAUGCCAUUUCCAAGGCCUGCGAUGAUGUUAUCUCGGGUAAAUUGUACGAUGAGGAGCACUUCUCCCUGGUCAUCUGGCAAGAUGGAUCCGGGGAGCACACCAAUAUGAAUGUAAAUGAGGUUAUCUGCAAUCGGGCCAUUGAGAUCCUGGGCGGCCAGAUGGGAACCAAGGAGCCAGUGCACCCGGAUGAGCACGUGAACCUCUCGCAAUCUUCCCACGAUACCUUCUCCACAGCGGCCAGAAUCGCCGUGGCCAUGCAGUUGCAGGAGACGCUGUACCCGAGCCUGAGGAUAUUUAUAGAUCUGCUAGGCAAGAAGUCGAGUGGUUGGAUGGAUGUGAUCAAAAUAGGAAGGACCCACCUGAUGGACGCAGUUCCCCUGUCGCUGGGACAGGAGUUCAGUGGCUACCAGCAGCAGCUGGAGAACGGAAGAUCUCGUUUGGACUCGGCGCUGAGCAGGCUGUAUCAGUUGCCCAUGGGCGGCACCUAUGUGGGCACGAAGUACGACACCAAGAAGGGAUUCUCGCUGCAGUGCACCAAGCGGAUUGCAGAGCUGACAUUCCUACCCUUCGUCGAGUCCUGUAACUUCUUUGAAUCCCUGUCCGCCUGCGAUGCUCUGGUCGAGGUCCACGGGGAGCUCAACACCAUAGCAGCCAGUGUGAUGAAGAUAGCCAAUGAUAUAAGGUUCCUGGGAUCGGGACCCCGUUGUGGACUGGGUGAACUGCAUCUGCCCGAAAACGAGCCAGGUAGUUCCAUUAUGCCCGGCAAAGUGAACCCCACGCAGUGCGAGGCCAUGACCAUGAUCUGCGCCCAGGUGAUGGGCAACCAUGUGGCAGUCUCGAUGGGCGGUGCCAGUGGUCACUUCCAACUCAACACCUUUAUGCCCAUGAUCGCCUCCAAUGUGCUGCGAUCCAUCACCCUCUUGGGCGAUGGCAUGAGGUCCUUUUGCACCAACUGCCUGGAGGGUAUAGAACCGAACAAGACCAGGAUCGAGAGCAUCAUGAAGAACUCCUUGAUGCUGGUCACCGCCCUGGGUCCUCACAUUGGUUACGAACGGUCUGCGGCCAUUGCCAAGGCGGCGCACAGGAAUGGAACCUCCUUGCUCCAGGAGGCCAUCAAUGCGGGCAUCGAGAGGGAGGACUUCGAGGAGUGGGUGCAGCCCAGCAAGAUGCUGGCUCCCGAAAAAUAAAUGGAAAUAUUGAGGAACACUGUGAUUACGUUCAAAUUAUUUUGUCGAGCUCAAAAAUAAUAAAAUAAGUCAAGAGAUUUUUAGACUUUAA